UUGUGGUGCGAAUGUCUCUUAUUGUUCCUCGGGGUGUCAAAGCGAAUUCGGAACAUGUUUUCCAAGCGCAUCUCAUAGCAGCAGUGUCGACCUGAGCUCUUCGACGGCAAUAAUCACCGACACAGCCACCAACUCAGAGGCAAUGAGUGAUGGCGGGAUAUCAGGCGGAGUAAUCGCCGGCGCUGUAGUCGGUGCCGUUGGUGGAGUUUGCCUGGCAGGACUUGGAAUGUUCUUCGUAUGGCGGAUGCGGAAAGCUCGGAGCUCGGAGCGAUUGACUUCCGGUGCUCAUACCCGGGACCCCUCCUUGCAUGGAGACCAGAAGCCUGUGCCUGAACUGCAAGUGAAUGAGGCUGUUAGCCCGCAUCAGGAAGCUCUUGUCAGCUCUACUCCAUAUUACGAAAUGCCAAUAGGGAAGAGGCACGAGAACUUCGUAAAGAGGCCGGCGGAAUUGGAUACCUCACAAGCCUUUGAAAUGCCAGCUGAGGAUCACUGUCUGAGGAAAUGAGAAAUGGCAUGGUUGUCUGAGUUGAUCAAUUUCCUGCGAAUCAUAUUAGCGAACGUGUUUAUAGAAGUCUGGAAGUUUGCCCGCACUUGGGGAACCAUACUCUUAUCUAAUCGACAAAACGUAUGUAAUGCAUUGUUCCCAAUUCGAAGUCAUCUCCAAUGACAAGGGGCGGUUAUGCGCGAGGAAAAGAUGGCUAUGUAUCAUAGGUAAUGGAAG